GCAGCGCCGCCCCCUGCCCGCGCUGCUGGCGCUCUGCGCCCUGCUGGGCCCGCUGCAGGUGACUUUGCAGCUCCCUCUUCCGUGUUCCAGCGAGAGGCAUUAUGAGCUUCUUGGACGAUGCUGCCGCAAAUGUGAACCAGGAAAGUACAUGUCUUCUAAAUGCACUACUACCUCAGACAGUGUAUGCCUGCCCUGUGGCCCCGACGAAUACUUGGAUACCUGGAAUGAAGAAGAUAAAUGCUUGCUGCAUAAAGUUUGUGAUACAGGCAAGGCCCUGGUGGCGGUGGAGCCAGGCAACCGCACGGCCCCGCGACGCUGCGCCUGCACGGCCGGCUACCACUGGAGCCAGGACUGCGAGUGCUGCCGCCGCAACGCGGAGUGCGCACCGGGUCUGGGCGCCCAGCACCCGCGCUACUUCUCAAAUGCCUUUUCUUCCACGGACAAAUGCAAACCCUGGACCAACUGUACCAUCUUUGGAAAGACAGUAGAACAUCCCGGGACGGAGAAAUCUGAUGUGGUUUGCAGUUCUUCUCUGCCAUCUAUAAAGCCACCAAAUGAACCCCAGAUUGGCCUGCCCAGUUUAAUCAUUCUGCUUCUCUUUGUGUGCGUGGCAAUCGUGGCUGCUGUUGUCUUUGGUGUUUACUAUAGGAAAAAAGGGAAAACACUAACAGCUAAUUUGUGGCACUGGAUCAACGAGGCUUGUGGUCGCCUAAGUGGAAAUAAGGAGUCCUCAGGUGACACCUCUAGUCAGCGCGAGGUAUGUGAAGGCGUCUUACUGCUGACUCUGGAGGAGAAGAGGUUUCCAGAAGAUAUGUGCUAUCCAGACAGUGGUGGCAUCUGUGGGGGAGCGUGUGCAGGAGGUGGUCCCUAUGCACAGGGUGAAGACGCCAGGAUGCUCUCCUUGGUCAGCGAGACCAAGACCGAGGGGGACCCCUUCAGGCAAAUUCCCAUGGAAGAUGAUGAAUACAUGGACAGGCCCUCCCAGGCCCCAGACUGUCUACUAUUCCUCACUCAGCCUGGAAGCAAGUGCACACCCCCUUUCUCUGAGCCCCUGGAAGUGGGGGAGAAUGACAGUUUAAGCCAGUGCUUCACAGGGACAGACAGCACGGUGGAUUCAGAAAGCUGCACUUUCACUGAGCCCUUGUGCAGGACUGAAUGGAUUCCUGUAUCCUCUGAAAAGUACUUGCAAAAAGAGGUGGAGGGUGGCAACUGCCCCCACUGGGCAGCCAGCUCCAACUUGGCAGAUGGCUGCACAGGCUGUGGGAGCCCUCCUGGGGAGGACCGUGAACCCCUCAUGGAUUCCCUGAAACAUGGACCCUUGCCCCAGUGUGCCUAUGGAAUGGGCCUUCCCCCUGAAGAAGAAGCCAGUGGGGCAGAGAGGGGAGACCAGUCUGAGGACGGGGCUGAUGGGAGACUUCCAAGCUCAGCAAGGGGAGGCACUGGGUCUGGAGGUUCCCCUAGUGACCAGCCACCUGCAUCUGGAAAUGUGACUGGAAACAGUAACUCCACGUUCAUUUCCAGCGGGCAAGUCAUGAACUUCAAGGGCGACAUCAUCGUGGUCUACGUCAGCCAGACGUCGCAGGAGGGCGCGGCGGGCGCGGGGCCGGCGGAGCCGGUGGGCCGCCCGGUGCAGGAGGAGACCCUGGCGCGCCGCGACUCCUUCGCCGGCAACGGCCCGCGCUUCCCGGACACGUGCGCGGACCCCGCCGGCCUGCGGGAGCCGGGGCCCGACAAGGCGUCGCGGCCGGUGCAGGAGCAGGGCGGCGCCGAGGCCUAGGGCAGGCCCCCC